UUAGCAUCCCUCAAGAUAUUACAAAUAGUGAUUCGAGUAUACUCAUUCCUGCUUUUCCCUUAUGUCCUAGAAAGGAUAAAAACGAUUUAUCACCUGAUAAAUUUAUAGGCAGUGGAGCUUUUGGGACAGUUUGGUCCGUUACUGAUCCUAGAAACAGCCAAAAAAUUGCUCUCAAGAAACUGUCGAACGUUUUUCAAAAUUAUAUAUCCGCUUUGAGGACUUUCAGGGAAAUUAAAAUGCUCAAUACCCUUAAACACGAAAAUAUAUUAUCAGCGCAGGAAUUUUUACUCCCUUCACGACUCGAAUAUUUUCAGGAAAUAUAUAUACUCAUGGAAUUAAUGCAAACCGAUUUACACAAAAUUAUGAGUUCAUCCCAAAUUUUAACUAUAAACCACAUCAAGCUUUUUCUUUAUCAAAUAUUGAGAGGUUUAAAAUAUUUACAUUCUGUCAAAAUUAUGCAUAGAGACAUAAAGCCUGGUAAUUUAUUAGUUAAUUCCAAUUGUUUACUCAAAAUUUGCGAUUUUGGCCUGGCCAGGUCUUUACCGGACCAGGACGAAACUUCGAAACGAAAUUUAUACAUGACGACAGAAGUUGUGACUCAAUAUUACAGAGCGCCAGAACUCUUAAUGGGGGCUACCUACUACAAUUGGGGUGUGGAUAUAUGGUCCGUGGGUUGUAUAAUGGCCGAGAUGUUUACCAGAAAAAUUCUUUUCGAAUCCGGGUCACCUAUCGAACAACUCGAAUUGAUCACUGAUCUCCUGGGUACUCCUCCACCUUCCGCCACUCGUUACGCCUGCCCUGCCGCUAGAGCCCACAUACUUCACCCCUCAUCCCUUCUUAAGCUUCCUUGUCUCGACCCACUCCUCUCUUUACAUCACACCACCUGUUCAGACUCUAACAAUAGUUCGCCCAAUGCUUUCAAACAGAUUCAUAGUUAUUCUACGAAUGGUUGCUCGCAAACAUUCUCGAAAAAUCAUGAUACGCACUGUAAGGAUGCCAAAGCGGAUCCUCGCCGAGUUCCGUUGACCCCCGAAGCCUUGCACCUGUUAUUGCGAACUUUGUCUUUCGACCCAGACCAUAGGAUAUCGGCUGACCGAGCAUUAACUCACGGUUUCUUGAAAGAAGGGAGGAGGAGGUUCGAGGGCCUCAAGGUAGGAGGAAAAGAUGCGAUGAGCUGUAAUAAAUGGAGCGGGUAUUACGAUCCCGGCUGUGAAAGCAGGCUAGGAUCCACCCAAAGGAUCAAAGCCGCGCUUCACGCAUACCUCAUGGAUAUAUACGAAUGGAAAAAUCCCCCUUUACUCAUUAAUCAAUUUUCACCUCUAUAUCCAAAAUUCAAAAAAACAGCCUCCCAUAUGUCCUCUUCAUCUUAAGAAAAUCGAAACCAAAUUUUACGCAGCCUCAUAUAGUAUUCCGAAACACAUUUAAAACAUUUUUUUAAACCGUAUUACAUGUUAUUUAUUCUAAAAAAUUUUAUUUAAAAAAAAUCUAUCGUAAAAUUGUUAAAUAGUUAGGGAAUGAAACACCUUCAUUUUUUUGAACACCGUAGAAAGCCCAGCAUCCUCUUUUAAAACGUUUAAUUUUAUUUAACCUAAAUCAUAUUACGAAUUCCGACGCUUCUCUGUAACCCCAUUCACAGCAUAUUUUAUAUACUUCACCGCGAAUUCGUGAUAAUUAUGAAUGCAGGGUAACCCCUCGUUCUCAUUAGCACGGAUUCGCGGCAGAUAAUACAAUAAUACAGCAUACAUUUUAUAAUUUUCUUUAAUUGUGAUUGAGGGGUAAUUCAAAGUUCAAGUAAAAGACAUAUUAUAAGUGAGUAGUCUAAAUUAGUUUUUAAUCCAAGAAUGUCGCGCAUCUUAGUUAUCUAUUUAUUUAAAAGUAAAUCGUUUGUAAUCUAUUUUUUUUUAAAAAAAAUAUAACAAUAGCACAUAUGAUACUCCCCCCUGUUAGACAUUUUUUUAUUAUACGAUUAUCGCCUGUUAGUAUGACGGGCACUAUUACUCGCUUAUUAAUUGAUAAUAUACUCCUCCCUACCUUCAUAAGCUUCUUUUUUUUUAUAAAAUAAUAAAACAUUCCAAUUAUUUUUUUAUAGCUUAGGAAAAUCUUGUUAUUUUAAAUGCAAAGUGCGCUAUAAUAAUUAUUGUGAUAAUUAGUAUUUUUGUAUAAAUUAUUUCUAAUUUUGAUUUUUUUAAACUAUCAU